AUGUUGACAGUCACCAACGACAUAAUGGACUACGUUAGUGCUCUAGAACGACCUGAAGUCGAAGACCUCUGCAGUAGCUCAGGCGAGGAGAUAGAUGCAAAUCAAGACGAGAUCACCAGCAGGGAGGAGAUCGAGAUAGAGGAAGAUCAAUACGAAAUCGCCAACGAAGUGAACAAGGAGAUGGAGGAAGAUCCAGAAGUAACCGCCAGCAUAGGGGACGAGGAGAUAGAGGAAGUUCCAAAAAAAAUUGCCCGCAAAGUGUCCAAGGAGGAAAGGGUCAAGCGUGCCAGGAUGUUGCAGCACUUUGGUGCGAUUCCCGGAGUACCUAUUGGAGCCACUUGGAUGUAUCGCAAAGAUUGUUAUGCUGCUGGUGUCCACCGCCAUAUGCAGGCUGGAAUACAAGGUAGUAAGAUAUCGGGUGCUUGUUCGAUCGUCGUUUCGGGUCGAUACGAUGAUGACAAGGAUUUGGGCGACACGAUCGUCUAUGUAGGCGCAGGGGGUGGCCUCGAUAAUGACGGCUGGCCUAAACGUCCAGGCCCGCAGGUUUCUGACCAGGACUGGAUGGGUUGGGGAAAUAGAGCACUUCUUAAAUCUUGUGAGACAGGCAAGCCCGUACGCGUCGUCCGGAGCUCGAAGUUUGUUUCUGACUUUGCGCCCUACAAUGGCUACCGGUAUGAUGGCUUGUACACCGUUACACAUGUACAGUCAUUUCCGUACCUAUAG